CAACCCCUAGACUUACUAACAACCAUAUUCUCCCCGCAUCCCAACGUGCGCGGACGGGUGGAACAGGGGAUCGACGCGCGUCGGUGCCUGGGGACGCGUUUCAGACCCCCGCUCACUUGGGUGUCACCUCAGACUUGAGCGUUGCGAUGCCGCCGUGUGCGCGGGUUGGCUUCCGCGAGAUGCAAGACGCGACAGAGUCUUCUGACUACUCAUCAUGGUCACGCUUGAACUACGACAGGCGCCGAGUCAGCUGGGGAACGGGAACCAAGGAGGAGGGGGUCGGGGGGGUGAGCGACCUGAUGGCCAAGGUGGCGGUCAACAAGGCCAGCAACAAGGCCAGCAACAAGGCGGCCAGCAGGGUGGAAACGACCAGCAGCAGCAACAGCAGCCAGGCGGCAACAACAACCCCGGCAAUAACCAGGGGAACCAGAGUCGCCCGAGCGACAAGGAGGACAAGCCGGACAACAACAAGGACGCAGACAGAGGCAAGACGGAUGCCAAACCAGCGCCGACGCCGACCGGCGUCGCAACGCAAGGCCUGCCUGGUCCUGCUGUGUUCCUCACCUCCUUCGCCUCCGACUUCCCCACCGGCCCCUCCUCAGCCCCCCUCGUCGAGGGAGGCCGCGGCUACGUCGUGAUCAAAGACCACAAGCUAGCCGACAACAUGGCGCUCUUCGCCAUGUCGCUAGGCGCCUUCACCCUGUUCUUUAUCUUCUUCCUCAAGGGUACAGCGUGGGCCGAGCGCCGCGCUGAGCGCAACACCGUCGACCACAUGAUAACAGAGGAGACGCGGUGGGCCGAAAAGCCCUCUCAACCGCCACAGACCGUGCAGUCUCACCCCCCGCGGCACGGGCGCGCCGGACGCGUGCCCCCGCCCCGCCUACACGCCCAGCUUCACACGCCCACCCCGCCGCGCCGCCACCCCGCGUCGCCCGGAAGCCCAAGCCCGAGCCUCAGCCCCAGCCCGCUCGGAGAAUACCCCUCGUACCCCGAGACGUUCGCCGGCCCGGCGCGGUACGCGCCCGUUCCCAUCCAGUCGCCGCCGACUCAAGCCGGCGCGUUCAGCCCGCUCCGGAACCAACCCGCGCCGCCGCGGUUCUAGCGUGCUAUUGUAGCAGUGUAGCAUAGUGUAUGAUACAGUGACAGCUUGC